CUUGAAGUUUAGUGUUGUGAGGGGGAGGCUCCAUCAAUUGAUAUCGAUAUCGCUUCCGGAGCCGAGACGGGGGCGGCAUCGGCUCUUUCAACGGCCAAGGCUCGGUGUUCCCCUCACUAUCGACACGUUUUUUGUGGAGGUUGUACCCCGUUCUACGCCCUAUAACGACUUAACUCUAUUGUUCCGUUCUGCGGAGAUUGAAACUCUUGAGUCUAAUUCGCUCUUCUAUCAUGAUGAGUCGUUCUUCUCGACUUGUCGUGUCCUCGGCAGUUCGCAACUUAUCAAAAUAUCCUCUCCGGCCUCUAUCGAUAUCUUUAACAGCACGCCCAAUUGUCUUUUCACAACGGACCUUUACCUCUUCAUCUGUCAAAAUGGGAGACGCUGUCUCUGAGAAGCCUCACAAUGCCUGGCUCGGUGCUAAAGGGCCUGCGGCGCUUGACCUCCGCAGUAUGUAGCUCACACAUGUGUUGAGAGGUCAAACUCUAACAUUGGUUGGUAUAGGCGAUGUGGUGACAACACCAACACCAGCUAUGUUGGAAGCUGUCAAAUCAUGCUCUCUACUUGACGAUGUCUUCCAGGAGGACCCUGCCACAAACGAACUUGAAGCCUAUGUUGCGGUACGCACCGGAAAGGAAGCCGGUCUUUUCGUCCUCUCAGGAACAAUGGGAAACCAGCUCGCUCUUCGAUCUCUUCUCACACAGCCUCCUUACUCAGUACUGUGCGAUUACCGUGCUCACAUCUUCACCGCUGAAGCAGGCGGCACUUCAAACCUCACAGGGGCUCAGAUUCAGACUGUUAUUCCUAAAAAUGGCAGAUACAUGACACUUGAAGAGAUUCAAGAGAAUGUGACCCUGGAUGAUGAUGUUCACGGUUGCCCUACACGUGUCAUCAGUUUGGAAAACACUCUUCACGGCAUGGUCAUGCCUCUCAGUGAAGUCAAGCGAAUUGCUGAGUUCGCUAGAGAGCACGGCAUCAGGUUACACUUGGACGGCGCACGACUAUGGGAGGCAGUCGUCUCUGGAGCAGGUUCCCUGACCGAAUACUGCUCUUACUUUGACACCAUCAGUCUAUGCCUCUCCAAGGGUCUCGGUGCCCCUGCAGGAAGUGUUAUCGUUGGCACCAAAGCCACACUGAAGCACGCUCGUUGGGUCCGCAAGUCCAUCGGCGGUGGUCUACGACAAUCCGGUGUUCUCACAUCUGCAGGACGCAUCGCUAUCGAGCAGACUUUUGGAAAGUCCCCCAACGGCCAAGAUGGGCCUCUCAAGGCGUCUCACGAGAUGGCGCGCAAGGUCGACGACCUCUGGACGAGCAUGGGUGGCACGAUUGAUGAGCCAACGGAGACUAACAUGGUGUGGUUGAACCUCAAGGCGACAGGAUGCAGUGUGAAGCGGUUCAUUGAGAUUGGUGCAGAUGCUGGGCUCAAGUUCAUGUCUAGCCGGUUGGUGACGCACUACCAGGUUGCGCAGAAUGAGGAAGAGGUUCUGAGACGGUUGAAGAUUGUGUUUGAAAAGGUUCUGGGUGAGGGAGGAGAUUCCAGUGCCCAGCAAAAGAUUGGAAAGGGCAGUGUAUAUGUGCCCCAGUAGAUGAAAGGAUAGACUGGGUAUUCGAUCUACAGCUUGCUCUUUCGGUCCUACUCCUUACACAUGUUAGUGAACUACUGUGAGACGUUUCAGCCAUCGAAAGAUUUUUAUAGUAGACUUGUCCAUAUAAGGCUGCUCUUUAGAGAUAUUUUCACAAUUAAGGUUAGAUGUUGACCGGCAGUUCUUGGUGUUAGUCACUAACGGUAUUGUCUCGGUCAAUUUCUU